GUCCGCUGCCGGCUCGGGAGCGCUGUAUGUGGAAGUUCCCAGGAGGCUGUUCAGUCCAGAAGGGUGGUGAUUUCUCAUAACAUGGACAAAGCUCUGAAAGAAGUGUUUGACUACAGUUAUAGAGACUACAUCUUCCCCUGGUAUGGGACUCUCAGCAGAGAUGAAGGGCAGCUUUACCAUCUGCUCUUGGAAGACUUCUGGGAAAUUGUCAGGCAGAUUCGCCACAGGCUGAGUCAUGUGGAUGUAGUUAAAGUCGUCUGCAAUGAUAUUGUAAGAACUUUACUCACUCAUUUCUGUGACCUGAAAGCUGCUAAUGCCAGACAUGAAGAACAGCCAAGGCCUUUUGCAUUGCACACAUGCUUGAAGAACUCAAAUGAUGAAGUAAGAUUCCUACAAACAUGUUCUCGGGUUCUGGUGUUUUGCCUGCUCCCUUCAAAGGAUGUCCAGUCCCUCAGCUUACGUAUAAUGCUUGCAGAAAUUCUCACAACAAAAGUCUUGAAGCCAGUAGUGGAGUUAUUAAGUAAUCCAGAUUAUAUUAACCGAAUGCUACUUGCCCAGUUGGAGCAUAGAGAGCAGAUGAAUGAACAUCACAAGCGCGCCUACACGUAUGCGCCUUCUUAUGAGGAGUUCAUCAAACUCAUCAACAGCAAUUCUGACGUGGAGUUCUUGAAACAGCUAAGGUAUCAAAUCGUUGUAGAAAUAAUCCAAGCAACUACAAUUAGCAGCAUUCCCCAGCUGAAGCGGCACAAAGGUAAAGAAUCUGCUGCAAUGAAAACUGACCUCCUGAGGGCCAGGAAUAUGAAAAGAUACAUAAAUCAAUUAACUGUGGCAAAGAAGCAAUGUGAGAAGAGGAUCCGAGCCCUGGGAGGUCCUGCCUAUGACCAGCAGGAGGAAGGAGCCCUGGAUGAGGGGGAAGGGCCUCAGAGUCAGAAGAUUCUUCAGUUUGAAGAUAUUUUGGCCAAUACUUUCUACCGAGAGUACUUUCGCAUGUACAUGGAAAGAAUGGGCAAGAGAGCUCUGAUUGGCUUGUGGGAGUCUGUGGAACAUCUGAAGAAUGCUAACAAGAAUGAAAUUCCACAAUUAGUUGGUGAAAUCUAUCAGUAUUUCUUUGUGGAAAGCAAAGAAAUAUCUGUGGAAAAGUCACUUUACAAAGAAAUUCAGCAAUGUCUUGUAGGAAAUAAAGGUAUUGAAGUGUUCUGCAAAAUCCAGGGAGAAGUAUAUGAGACCUUGAGGGAAAGGUACUACCCAUCAUUUAUUGUCAGUGACCUGUAUGAGCAGUUGAUGAUCAAAGAAGAAAAACAUGCUUCACAUAUUUCUAACAAGGAUGAGAUGGGCCUGGGCAGUGAUGGUGUUGGCGAAGCUGCAGAGGAAGGCACUGGUGGGAUUAGUGAACAAGACAGCUUUGCUGGCAACAGACUCCGAGAGCUAAAUGAGAAGCUGGAAUAUAGAAGGCAAGCUCUGAGUUCUAUUCAGAAUGCUCCAAAACCUGACAAGAAGAUCAUUUCCAGGUUGAAAGAGGAAAUACUUCUCAUAGAGAAAGAAUGCACAGACCUCCAGCUGCACAUGGCAAGAACAGACUGGUGGUGUGAAAACCUCGGCAUGUGGAAAGCUUCUAUCACUUGUGCAGAGGUCACGGAAGAAAAUGGAGAGCAAAUGCCUUGUUAUUUUGUGAUGGUAAGCCUACAGGAAGUUGGAGGGGUUGAAACUAAGAACUGGACUGUCCCAAGAAGGCUCAGUGAGUUUCAGAAUUUACACCGGAAACUUAACGAGUGUGUCCCUUCUUUAAAAAAAGUCCAGUUGCCUUCUCUUAGCAAGCUGCCUUUCAAAUCUAUAGAUCACAAGUUUUUGGAAAAGUCAAAGACUCAAUUAAAUAAGUUUUUAAAGAAUCUACUUUCAGAUGAAAGACUGUGUCAGAGCGAAGCCCUUUAUGCCUUUUUGAGCCCUUCUCCUGACUACCUCAAGGUUAUUGAUGUGCAGGGGAAAAAAAACUCUUUUUCAUUGUCAUCAUUUUUAGAAAAACUUCCUCGUGACUUCUUCUCCCAUCAGGAGGAGGAGAUAGAGGAAGACAGUGACCUGUCAGAUUACGGUGAUGAUGUGGAUGGGAAGAAAGACGCCUUGGCUGAACCAUGUUUCAUGUUGAUUGGGGAAAUUUUUGAACUUAGAGGAAUGUUCAAAUGGGUGAGAAGAACAUUAAUUGCUCUUGUUCAGGUCACUUUUGGAAGAACCAUCAACAAACAAAUCCGGGACACAGUGAACUGGAUGUUCAGCGAGCAAAUGUUGGUUUAUUACAUCAGUGUUUUCCGGGAUGCUUUUUGGCCAAAUGGGAAAUUGGCACCACCAACUAAAAUAAGAAGUGAAGUGCAGAGUCAGGAGACGAAACAGAGAGCACAGCAAAAACUACUUGAAAACAUUCCAGAUACACUUCAGAGCCUUGUUGGGCAGCAAAAUGCACGCCACGGUAUAAUAAAAAUAUUCAAAGCCCUGCAAGAAACAAGAGCCAACAAGCAUCUGUUAUAUGUGCUGAUGGAGAUGCUGCUAACUGAGCUAUGCCCUGAGCUGAGAACUCAUUUAGAUCAACUCAAAGCUGGUCAAGUUUGAGACUGCACAAAUCAACCACCAGAGAAAUGUCUGUGUAACAAUAGACAUGAAACAUUUCCCUCUUUUCCACAGAGGGCCUGACAGAACUAUAUCAAUUUCCAUUUUCAUUACCUCCCUCUUGUUUUAUGUGAAAUAAGCAGAUUUUGGGGGAGGGGACUUGAUGCUGUACUAGGCAACAGAAAAAUAGACUUGUUUAUUGAUUUUUAUUUAAACACUAUAGAUACUUUAAAGCUCAACAAAUUGAUUGAAAUACAAAUGUUGAUAUGUGUUAAGAAAUUAGAAAAUAUUUUAAAUAUUUAUGAAAAACAGUUUUGUUUUGAAAAGAACUAUGAAUAUUGUACAGUUAAUUUCCUCACUGAGGAUUCUGAACAUUCCUUUGUUAUUUCAUGUAUAUUGAAGAACAUUUUGUGCAAUGCUUUGUGUAAAGUUGUUGUGAAAAUUUUAUUGUUUUUAUUUUUACCAAAGAUUUCCUAUAGUUUGAAGCACUUGAGCAAUAAAAUAUAAAAAUAAAUCCAA